GUUUCUGCAGAUUGCUAUGAGGUGCUCUUGGCGGGACAAAAGGAAAGUGGAAUCUAUACCAUCUCACCAGAUGGUCAACAAGAAUUUGAUGUUUAUUGUGAUCAGAGGACUCAGGGAGGUGGAUGGACCGUCUUCCAAAAGAGAUUUGAUGGCACAGUCGACUUUUUCAAAGACUGGAAGAGCUACACGGAUGGAUUCGGUAACUUGGGGAAUGAAUUCUGGCUUGGAUUUAACAAAAUUUAUCGCCUAACGUCUGGUAUCAGGAAUGUCUUACGUAUAGACCUGGGCGAUUUUAACAACGCAUCAUCAUAUGCAGAGUAUGACUCGUUCAAGGUGCUGGAUGAAGACCAUCGUUAUGAACUCCAGCUGGGAAACUUUACAGGUACAAAAUGAUUUCCCCUCUUAGAAUGAGGGGGAGGAGAGCGAAAAGCAAAAAAUACGGUCACUUCUCACUAAGCUUAGGCAAGUAAAAAUAGAAGAUUGAUGGCAGUGGACAAGUGAAAUUUGCCUCAGUAAACCUGUGAGUGAGUAUGUCUGAAAGUGUCUGCUUAAGCCAGCCUGGCUUCUCUGAUUUUUUACGAAGGCAAUGAUGAGCAUGCCCGGAUGUCCUGGUUAUGACAAAGGGACCACCCAAAAUUGGGUAAAACAAGAAGAGUUUUUUAAUUUAUGAACAACAUCACAUAAUUUUAACAACUUUAUUUUCCAGUAGAAUGCAGUAUAUUAUUCCGCUACAUAAUGCCCAUGCAUGCGUCAACUGGGUUAAAGCACUGAAAAUUGCAACUGCAAAGUACUGGGUGAAGGACUACACUUCUUGAGCCCCAGGAUUGAUUUCCGACAAGGUGUCAUUCCCUUUUUUUCCCAAUAAAGGCACAAUGACAUAUUUUAUAGUGUAUUAAGCAAGAGGGAAAAGGCCAGUUUGCAGGAUGGAAAUGUGUGAUAAAAGAACAGCUGAGACAGAAGGACUUUCAGCAGAGCAGACCUUCCCUGUAUUUAUUAAUUAAUUAAUAUUUAUUUAUUAUUAUUCAUUUAUUUAUUCAUUCAUUUAUUCCGAUAUUUAAGGUACCUCUGGAGACUCGCUGACUUGGCAUGACCGUUUCCCUUUCUCAACCAAGGAUCGAAAUCAUGGCGACUGCCACGAGGACAAUUGCGCUGUUUUCUACCACGGAGCAUGGUGGUACGUCGAUUCCUCUUUGCGAUCAAACCUCAAUGGACGGUACUAUCCACAAGAAACCUCAGCGUCAGAUGCCAUUAUCUGGGAGAAGUGGAGAGGCUUUAACACAACUUUGAAAAGAACAGAAAUGAAAGUUAGACCUUAUAUUUAA